CUUCGCUUUCUCCCGAGAGUUCCACAUUUUCUCCUCACAUUCUGGAAGGAGGCUUUCAGCUUAGCUGCCUCACUCCAUUCUCUUCUGGGCGACCUUUGUCCAAGGUCACCGGAUUAUCAGGCAAAAAUGGCGGAUGGUUUGCAUCAUCCGUCUGUACUUGAAAAAUUGCAUGGGCAAUCUUAUUUUUUUGCUCAAAUUUCUCCUUUUAUGCAUUCUAGAAAUGCUAGUGCACAAAAUUUUUCCAGUGUCUAUGGAUAUGCCAAUGGUGGCCUUUGUAGCCCUUUCAUGUCAGCCUUUCAUGGUUCUGGGCUCGAAAUUGUUUCACAACUGUCCCCAAUUGUGAUACCAGCUGCAAAUGAGAGAAGCUUUUCUAGUUUUAUGGUGGAUUUCCUCAUGGGAGGGGUUUCUGCUGCUGUGUCAAAAACUGCUGCUGCUCCAAUUGAGAGAGUCAAACUUUUAAUUCAGAACCAAGAUGAGAUGAUUAAAGCUGGCCGCCUGAGUGAACGAUACAAGGGAAUCACUGAUUGUUUUGCCCGAACUAUCAAGGACGAAGGUGUCCUGGCCCUUUGGAGAGGCAACACUGCCAAUGUGAUCAGAUACUUCCCUACUCAGGCUCUGAACUUUGCUUUCAGAGAUUACUUCAAGAGCCUUUUUAACUUCAAGAAAGACAGGGAUGGUUACUGGAAGUGGUUUGCAGGGAAUUUGGCAUCUGGUGGCUUAGCUGGUGCAUCUUCUCUUUUGUUUGUCUUUUCCCUGGAUUACGCCCGAACACGUUUGGCAAAUGAUGCUAAGUCAGUUAAAAAGGGUGGCGAGAGGCAGUUUAAUGGUUUAAUUGAUGUUUACAAGAAAACAUUCCAGUCCGAUGGUAUUGCAGGGCUCUAUCGUGGAUUCACUCUUUCCUGUGUUGGAAUCAUUGUUUACCGUGGACUGUAUUUUGGAAUGUAUGAUUCACUUAAACCUGUUCUCCUUGUGGGAGAUCUUCAGGAUAGUUUCUUUGCUAGUUUCUUGCUGGGAUGGGGUAUUACCAUUGGGGCUGGAUUGGCUUCUUAUCCAAUUGAUACUGUGCGAAGAAGAAUGAUGAUGACCUCUGGCGAGGCUGUCAAGUACAAGGGGACAGUGGAUGCAUUUUCUCAGAUCAUAAGAAAAGAGGGAGCCAAAUCACUCUUCAAUGGUGCAGGAGCGAACAUCUUGCGUGCUGUUGCUGGUGCUGGUGUUUUAGCUGGAUACGACAAGUUGCAGCUCAUUGUCUUUGGCAAGAAAUACGGAUCUGGUGGUGGUGGUGGUUAAUUUGAGCGUGGUGUGAUGGUGAUGAUGAUGACGAAGAUGAGUCUUAAGAUUGUCUAGGUGGUCCACCUAUUUGUGCUUUAAAUAAUUCUGGAGAACAAUAUUUUACUUGUCAUUAGCAGUAUUUAGUACUCCGGGAUGGUGUAAUAUAUGGUAGUGAUACCUAUUGGAAGUUUCAAAACUUUUAUUUGAAGCUUGUGCAACUUGGGCUUUAUACCCGCGUGUUGUUUAGUGUUCUUCUGAGAGUGUUCUUUUGAGAAGAAUAAACUGUUUUACCUCAUGCCGUUCUUGAGAAUUUGACACCACCUGUGUUUUGUAAGUGUUAUGUCU